AUGUCGGGUUGGACAACAAUCGGUGUGCUAAUCCUUGCCGUGCUGGUAGGCACUGCCAUCUGGAUGACUACGCCCAAGGGACCCAACCAAGUACUGAUUCGCACGAGUGCCGUGAUGACGCUGGCUUGCUGCUACAUUAUGUGGGCCUGUGUGUACCUAGCUCAACUGCACCCUCUGAUUCAACCAAAGCGUGGUGAUGUGCGCUUCUUGGAGUAA